AGCAAAGGGGGUGGGUGGGGUUGGGGCUGGGCUCCCAAUCCCGCCCCACGGAGUCCCAGCCCAGUUAGCUAACUCUAAAGCAGCAGGAGCCCACUCUUGGGCGAUAGAGCCAGAGGAGCCUAGCGGCCCCCGGAUAGCCGAAGUGGUCCCGGGACAGCCUGAGCGGCCUCCGGACAGUCGGAGCAGCCCAGCGGCCCCCGGACAACCGGAGCAGCAGCUCAACAGCCCCAGGACAAGAGCAGCCUCCGAACACCCGGAGCAGUCCGGUGGCUCUCCGACGGCCGGAGCGACCCCCGGACAGCCGGAGCGGCCCCAGGACAACCGGAGCAGCCCGGUGGCCCCAAGACGACCCCAGCAGAGCCGAACAAUCAGAGCAGCCCAACCGCCCUAGGACAACCAGAGCAGCCCCCGAACAACCGGAGCAGCUCAGCGGCUCCCGACAGCCGGAACAACCCCCAGAUAACCGGAGCAGUCUCCGGACAACCGGGACGGUCCAGCUGUCCCCGGACAACUGGAGCGGCCCCCGGACAACCGGAGUUGCCCAGAGGCUCCCGGGAACGUUCCGAGGGAGGUCUUGAGCCCUGGCGCUCGACUGCUUCUACACGAAAGCAGCCCAGGCUCCGGGCAGUUCCCACAGCCCUGGGGACUGGUCCGGCUCAGCCGCUCCCCGCCUCCGCCUCCUCCAUCACCGCCGGGUCCCCCCAAAAAAGGACAAGAGAAGGAAGGCUCGGCGGGCGUGAUGGCUCUCGGUUUCCGACUCCAACUGCAGGUCCUGUUGCUUCUGGCCGGCCCGGGAUCGGGAGCCCCGCCCGAGGCAGGGGGCCGAAGGCGAGAAGCGGAGGUAUUCUUGGAGAAGUAUGGGUACCUCCCUGAGCACGGCCCAAAAGCUUCCAGCUCCACACAGCUUACAGAUGCCAUAAGGGAGUUCCAGUGGGUGUCCCACCUGCCGGUCAGUGGGCAGCUAGACACGGCCACGAUGCGCCAAAUGGCCCUGCCGCGGUGUGGGGUGGAUGACUCGGAGAGCCAUUCGGCCUGGACUGAGAGGCUCAGCUCCCUGUUUGCUGGUCGCAGAGCCAAGACGAGGCUCAAGAAACGCUUUGUGCAGCAGACAGGAGGCAAAUGGUACAAACGCCAUCUUUCCUACCGCCUGGUGAACUGGCCCGAGUACCUCCCCGAGCCAGCGGUUCGCCACGCCGUGCGGGCGGCCUUCCAGGUGUGGAGCAACGUGUCCUCCCUGGAGUUCUGGGAAGCCCCGGCAUCGGGCCCCGCCGACAUCCGCCUCACCUUUUUUCAGGGCGAUCACAACGACGGGCUCAGCAACGCUUUUGAUGGGCCAGGAGGUGCCCUGGCCCACGCCUUCUUCCCCCGUCGUGGGGAAGCACACUUCGACAGGGAUGAGCGCUGGUCCUUCAAAAGCCGCAGGGGUCGGAACCUGUUCGUGGUGUUGGCCCACGAGAUUGGCCACACGCUGGGGCUGGGUCACUCCCCUGCUCCUCGGGCUCUCAUGGCGCCCUAUUACAAGAGACUGGGACGGGACUCUGUGCUGAACUGGGAUGAUGUCCUGGCCAUCCAAAACCUGUAUGGACAGCCCCUGGGGGGCUCAGUGGCUGAACAGCUCCCCGGAAAGCUAUUCACCAAUUUUGAGGACUGGGACCCCCACAGGUCCUGGGACAGGAAAUCUGGAGCGAGAGGACCCUAUUAUUGUCACUCCUUUUUUGACACCAUCACAGCAGACAAGGACCACCGAGUCUACAUCUUUAAAGGAAACCAUUUCUGGGAGGUGGGAGCUGAUGGCAAUGCUUCGGAACCCCAACUCCUGCAGGAGAAAUGGGCCAGUUUGCCCCCCGACAUCGAAGCAGCUGCUGUGUCCCCGGAUGAUGGAGACUUCCACUUCUUCAAAGGGAGUCGAUGCUGGCGGUUCCGGGGAUCAAGGUUACUGAAGGGCUACCCCCAGCUGUGCCGAGCAGGAGGACUCCCUCGCCACCCAGAUACUGCCUUUUUCUUCCCGCCACUCCAUCGAAUUGUGCUCUUCAAAGGUCCUCGCUACUACGUACUGGCUAACGGAGAGCUACAGAUUGAGCCCUACUACCCCCGAGGGUUAAGGGACUGGGUGGGCGUCCCCGCAGGGGUCCAAGGGGCGCUGCCCGGGUCCGAAGGCUCCAUCCUUUUCUUCAGGGAUGACCGUUACUGGCGGUUUGACCAGAUGGCGCUGAAGGUGGUAGCCACGGGCCGGUGGGCUGAAGAGCUUCCGUGGAUGGGCUGCUGGGACGCUAACUCUGGGGGGGCUCUGUUUUGAGCCCCUUGAUUUAUGACUAGUCAGGACUCUGGUGCCCAGCCUCAUACUCCUCUGCCAUGGGGAGACAGGCUAGUAUAGGAAAUCUUCAUAGUGCCCGUGUCUACAGUAGGAGGAGGGAGGAGAGGACCGUGGAUGGGCCAUUCUCCUGCUGAAGUGUCCAAAAGGAGUGUCAAGGAAAACAAUCAAGAAACAGGACAUGACACUGCCCCGUGGACAUGACUGUAAUGGAUGAAUCCCAAAUAAAGAGAGGAAAGGGGAGGAGGGGGCCCCAGCUCGAAAGGGGGAGAGAAAAGGAUGAAUAUUAGAGAGCUAGAAAAAUAUUUUCUCCCAAUCCCACCCUAAGCAGCCCUCGAAGAGCAACAGCAGCAGAGCCAGAGCAGCGGUCCUUCUAAGGAAGAAUAAACUUCAAGAGUAGACGAUUAAAAUCUCUCCCUGAUGCAGGGUCAGCUGGUCACCUUUCCCUUUGAGCCCUGUUGUCUAUCACAAUAGCAGCAUUCUCUAGGACACACACACACACACACACACAGAGCAUUCCUUAAGCCAUAGACCCCAUAAAUAGCUGAGAUUCUUAGUGGAGGAGGCUGAUUCUCCACCAAAAAUAACCCUGCCCCCAACCAGUGUAGGGCCUGCAAUUAAGCUCCUGAUUCCAUCCUCCCCUUUUCCUAAUGUCCACUCCCAAGCUCUGGAUCUGCCCGCUAGCAUCCACGGUUCCUGCAUCCUUCAUAUCCCUUGCAGACAAUCCCCAGGUAGGGGAAGAAAGACUUACUGGCUAGAGCUUUGUUCCGGGAAACAAGACUAGCCCACCACAAUUUUCCUUGUUUUGCCUCAUUUUCUCACUUUGUAUCAAGGGGAAAUGCCUUUUACCUUGGUCUAAAUUUUGCUCCCAGAAGGCAGGGCAGGAGAUAGAUACAGCACAUGCUUAGUUACUGAGGGGAGAAGGGAAUCUGUCUGAGAUGGAUCAAAGUUAGGAAGAGUUGCAGUGGAUUGAGCUCCCUGGUCACUGCCCCAUAAUUUGACUUUCAAGGAACAAAUCAGGUUAGCUUGAAAAUCAGACCUUGGAGAAAACUCAGAAAGAGGGACCAUCCUGGGGCCUCCCGGGCCUCCCCUCCCUGUUACGCCUUACACACAAUGCUCACUGAAUCGAUUGAUGCACCGAGGGCUUUAUUGAACAUCCUCCACCACGAAGGGAGGAUUCAUAAAUAAAACUGUCUCCUGGGAAGGGC